GGCUGGCCGCCAUCUUGUUGUUGAUCUGUACCCAGUGGGCAGCGCCGGGAGCUGGACCGAGCGGCCGCUGCGGGGCCGCUGUUGCGGGGGCUCAGCCACCUGCGCUGCCUGCCAGGGGGCGGGCCGAAACCUGGAGGCCCGGGGGGCCCAGCUCCCGUGGGGAGCCUUGGGCACCCGCUGCCCGGGCCCGGUGGGACCAAAUAAUAAGCUGAGCAAGCUCUGACCAUUGGCCUUCCACUCACCAGGAUCUUCUACCUAGCUCUCUCUUUGUGGCCCAUGUGCUGCAUCCUUAGCCGUCAGUGUGCAACCGGCCCCCAACGCAAUGUGUGUUUGUCAAACCAUGGAAGUGGGGCAGUAUGGCAAGAACGCAGGUCGGGCCGGAAACCGGGGAGUCCUCCUGGAGCCCUUCAUCCACCAGGUGGGCGGACACAGCAGCAUGAUGCGCUACGACGACCACACUGUGUGCAAGCCCCUCAUCUCCCGGGAACAGCGCUUCUACGAGUCCCUCCCUCCUGAGAUGAAAGAGUUUACCCCUGAAUACAAAGGAGUGGUCUCAGUCUGUUUUGAGGGGGAUAGUGAUGGUUACAUCAACUUGGUGGCCUACCCUUACGUGGAGAGUGAGACUGUGGAGCAGGAUGACACACCCGAUCGGGAGCAACCUCGGCGCAAACACUCCCGCCGGAGCCUGCAUCGUUCAGGUAGUGGCAGUGACCACAAGGAGGAGAAAGCCAGCCUGUCCCUUGAGACCUCUGAGAGGCAGUUUUCAGAGACACAAGAGCACUACUCCAGAUUAUUGUCUCACGUAUCUGGGCCUCUGUGCCACCUGUUAGCAGAGCCUGAAGGAGGCAGCUCCCAGGAGGCAAAGAGUCCAAAGGUGGAGCUACACAGCCACUCAGAUGUCCCUUUCCAGAUGCUAGAUGGCAACAGUGGUGUGAGUUCUGAGAAGAUCAGCCAUAACCCCUGGAGCCUGCGCUGUCACAAACAGCAGCUGAGCCGCAUGCGCUCAGAGUCCAAGGACCGAAAGCUCUACAAAUUCCUCCUACUUGAGAAUGUGGUACACCACUUCAAGUACCCCUGUGUACUGGACUUGAAGAUGGGCACUCGGCAGCAUGGAGAUGACGCAUCUGCUGAGAAAGCAGCCCGGCAGAUGAGGAAGUGCGAGCAGAGCACAUCUGCUACGCUGGGGGUCAGGGUCUGUGGCAUGCAGGUGUACCAGCUGGAUACAGGCCAUUACCUCUGCAGGAACAAGUACUAUGGCCGUGGGCUCUCCAUUGAAGGCUUCCGCAAUGCCCUCUAUCAGUACCUACAUAAUGGCCUGGACCUGAGACGUGACCUCUUUGAGCCUAUCCUGAGCAAACUGCGGGGCCUCAAAGCUGUGCUGGAGCGGCAGGCCUCCUACCGCUUCUACUCCAGUUCUCUGCUUGUCAUCUAUGAUGGCAAGGAAUGCCGAUCUGAGCUGCGUCUCAAGCACCCGGACAUGGGGCUCUCUGAGGUGGCACCACUCUGUGGCCCCAGUACCAGCCCCAGCAGCACCAACCCUGAGGCUGGCCUCUCCUCUCCACCCAAAGUGGAUGUCCGCAUGAUUGACUUUGCACACAGCACGUUCAAGGGCUUCCGGGAUGACCCCACUGUGCAUGAUGGGCCAGACAGAGGCUACGUGUUUGGCCUGGAGAAUCUCAUCAGCAUCAUGGAACAGAUGCGGGACGAGAACCAGUAGGCCCAGUCUUGGGCUCCCAGGACCCCUUCCUCUCCACCCGCAGGCAGGGACCAUUGCUCUGAACUUGCCGUGAGGACACACAGACUUGCUUUUAAAGGGUUAUAUUUCUCUUUGGUGUAAACUAAAAGAAAUGUUUUUAGCUGUAGCCUGGAAUCCAUAUAUAUAAAGUGAAGGAGGGCAGAAAACAUCCGUCCUCUCAGCCAGGCUCCUCAGCUCGGUGGCUCUGAUUGCUGUGUCCAGGCUGACUUAGGAAAGAAGAGGUGCCCCUGGUGGGCUUGGCAGCAGAGACAGGAUACCCUUGGACUUUGGUUCCUCUUGCCUAGUCUUUGGGGGUCUGUGGUUGCAGGGCCCUGCUGCUGCUGAAGCCCUGGGCUGGCACAGGGUCCUUCCAUUUCUUGUUUCUCAGAAGUAGAGGGGACCGGGGAGCCUAUCUCUUGUAGGCUUGCCAGUCUCAUGUUGUUGGUGUCAGCUAGCUCUUGAACAGAGGCCCUCAGGAUACCCCAGGGCGAACUACAAAGCUGGACCCAUCCUUAGGUCCGAUCUUGGUAUGGGGCUGGAUUUAUGAAACUGAGCUGAAGCCAACUGACAAGAGGGCAAGCCUGGGGUUCCUUAGCCACCAACUGGCUCAUGAACCUGUUCCUCCUCUGCCCCACAGCCCCAGCCAGCCUUUCUCACCAAGAUCUCUUGCUAAGAGAGGCUACUCCCUCCUGCCCCACGGGGACACAGCUCUGUUUUCCGAGGAGAGUUGGUGUCCCCGUAGGUCUCAGGGCCUCUAGGGGCUCUGGCCCAGACAGUAUUUCAGUUCUUGUGCUUGUGGAUGGGAGUCUCCCUCCGUCCCUCCAUCUAGUUUGGGCAGCUGUGCUGCCUGUGGAUGGGCUGCUUCUCCUAGGGCUCAAGGGCUGUGGUCCGCUCAGGGUUGUACACUUCCCCAGGCCAAGCUCAAAGCAGGAGCCCAUUGUGGGGAGCAUUCCAAGCCCUGAGCUUGGAAAGGGAGAACUUUAACCUUGUCUGCUUUUAAGACAUCGGGCCCUGGUGCAAGUGCCCAGAUUCUGCUAAUGGGAGCUUUGUCUGCUUAAUCCUAGUCAGUUUGUUCAUUUGUCCACCUGCCAGCCCCCUUCUCAUGGGGAGCCUUCCCUUAGGGUGUAGCCUUGCUUGUUAGUAUAUAUUGAUUUCCGUCAUGCUUUCCUCAGCAAAAUACUCCUGUUUCUGAUGUGAGUGAGCUUUUGCCCCUAUGCCCUUCCUCAGAAGAUACCACCUUUUUAUAAAGUCCUGGUAACAGAAUGAAUUGCAGGUAAAGUUUCCCUGCUUACUUAACACCUUCCCUAUGGGUUUGGAGUAUGGCUUUCAGUAGUGAUGGUGGGACAGUGAAAAUUCAAGGAGCGAUCUUAUCCCAUGGUUCUAGUCUUUUUUUUUUUUUUUUGCUGCCAGCCCUUUUGUGACAAAACCUGCUGUCUGUAACACAGGCAACAGUGGCUACACUACACUCAGCCAUUGUCAAGGUUAGCACCCUCCAAGCCUAGGGCCACUGUCUCACUUUGACAUGUCCCUGUUUGGGCAUUCAAGGUAAGCCUGCCAGCCUGUGUCUGUGAGAGGCAUUGGUAAAUGAUGGACAAAUUCUUCAGUCCGUACAGAUCCAUCCUUGACUGAUUCAAUCUCUUGGACUUCAGACUCCCCUGUCAGUGGUGGGCAGGUUCCCAUUGCUUGGGCCUGGGAGGUACAGCUUUGUCUUUUUGUCUACACUAAGGAAGAGCUGCUGCCUUCCCAUCCCCUGUGGCUGAAGCCACAGAAUGAUAAGGCAGAGAAGACAGUUGUUACUUCCCUGGCAGGAUAGAGGAUAAGUUUGCCUUAUCCACUGGAGAUAGCUGGGGAUGUGCUGUGCCUCCUUAAAAUCGGGGAGCAGAUGCUGCCCCAUUCUGUGCUGGUCAUAGUAAGAGAAGCUAUACUCACUUAUUCUGCCUUUGGGAUUCACUGCUUUUCUCCAGGACAGGACCCCACUUUUCAGCACUUUUGAUACCUGGUGAUGCAGCCUUGUUGAUUUGCUGGGUGGUGGCAAAUGUGUGGGCACACAUUUUCUGCCACUGCUUACUUGCUCUCUGAUCCAGGCUACAGCCUUGUCCCUUCCAGGGCCUGCUUUCCCAGCCCCAAAUUGGGACCAAAGUGCAACUCGGGAUCAUGGGCUGGGGAGCCCAGGUCACCCAUGCAAGUUUUCCGGAAGCCCCUGCCGACACCAGUCCAGCGUGAGGGGAAUGGGGUAGGGUAGGUGGUGCUUACAGGGGGAUGGGACCAGUAGUAGCAACUUGCCAGGGACCCCCCCACCUCGGCCAGUGGAAUGGGGGUGGGGAUUUUAGCGCCGCUCGCGCUCGCUCCUGGCCACGUGCACGUUUCCUGGAUGCAGAUUGCACUGAACUUUGCAGCUGUACAAUGUGGUUAUGUCGGGGGGUGGGGGGAGGAGAGCCCUGGGAAGGACCUGGUCCUUUUGCUUCUCGGGGGAAAUGUAAGACCUCGCUCCCUGCUUCUCUUUCCUGGAAGCUAAGCCUGUCCCGCCGUCCGUCCGCGCCCGUAGGCCUGCACCCGGAUACUCCUCGUGGCUUCGGUUGCGUUUAGGCACAGUUGUGUUUCCUCCAGAUCUUGGAGGGGGGUUCGGGCGGAGCCUACCCCUUUCUGUACAUCUAGUGCUGCCCGCCCGCUUGUGUCUGAGGUCGUAUACGUCCAAAUAAAACCGCUAGAAACUGAA